UUGGAAUGUGCUGCUCUUCACCUGAGCAUGUUUUGAAGACAUGUUUCCUCGCAUGGCAUCGAGGUGAAUUUUGCACAUACAGAAGCUGCGUCCACAAAUGUAUCGCUAUAUUUGCAACGACACACUUGUCAAUAAUCUCUGGGUGUUCCGAUUUUUUAAAUGCAGAAAAAUGUUCUCAACACUGGCCGCAGCUGUCGAUGAAAACAUUGCUGAUCCAGUUAUGGAUAAUAAAAGGCUGAUAGAAGAGCCACCCGAGGCUGAUGAUAAUAAGAAACAAAAAUUGGAUAAUGUCGACAGAGUGAAGAAGCGGAAAGUCGCAAUGCUUUUGGGUUACAUGGGAAAAAAUUAUUACGGUAUGCAGAGAAACCCACAAAUGAAAACGAUAGAGGAGGACUUGAUACAAGCUCUAUUACAAGCAAAGCUUAUUAAUGAUGAAGCUUUUGAAACUAUACAGACAAUUCAGUUUCAAAGAGCUGCCAGAACGGAUAAAGGUGUUUCUGCAGCUAGGCAGGUUGUCUCUCUGAAACUACCUGAGCAUGCAAAGAAGGAAGAUAUAAAUGCCUUUUUGCCCGAAGAAAUUAGAGUUUUUGGAAUAAAGAGGGUAACGAAAGGUUUCAACAGUAAAAGUAGCUGUGGUGCUCGGUCUUACAUCUACACGAUGCCAACUUUUGCCUUUGCAAAAAAACCGCCAGAUUCCGAAGCGGUAGACGAGGAGUUUGACAUUGAUAAAAAAAUUGAGGAGCUCUCUGUUAUCAAUGGUGAACCAUUCUACAAUUACCGGAUACAGCCGGAGGUACUUGAAAAGGUCAACUCGGUGCUGAAACUGUAUGAAGGAACUCAUAAUUUUCAUAAUUUUACAUCAAAAAUAAAACCAUUGGAUCCGUCUGCAAUGAGAUAUAUGAUAGAGUGCUCGUGUAGCGUGCCGUUCAUCAGCAACGAUAUGGAAUUCGUUACCCUUAAGAUCAAGGGGCAAAGUUUUAUGUUGCACCAAAUUCGAAAAAUGGUCGCUUUGGUUAUCGCGAUUGUUAGAACUCAGACCUCUCAAGAAACAUUGAAUACGGCUUUUGGACAAGAGAGGCUAGACAUUCCGAAGGCGCCUAGUUUAGGAUUAGUUUUGGAUCAGGUUCACUACGACAGAUAUAACAAACGAUACAGUUCAGAUGGAAUUCACGAGGCUCUGGAAUGGCCAGAGGUCAAUGAUGAGAUUGUCAAAUUCAAGGAAGACUACAUACUGAAGUACAUCUGUGAGAGUGAACAGAGCGAAAAGUCGAUGCUUCGAUGGAUUGCUACACUGUGCAGACAUAGCUACGAUAUCCGCGAAGACGGCGUUAUCAGUUAAUGUCAUAUUUCCAAAUUGAUUAUCAAUUAUAAUAUAAUAGAUGCAAUAUACCCUGAUUUAAUAACACGUGUAAUGUAUUAAAUCCUUGAUAUUCCGUAAUCUCGUCUCAUUUCUUGUUUUACAUCCAAACAAUUAAUGUAAAGAACCGAUAAUAAUGGAAGAGAAAAUUGGUACGAACGUAAAAUGUGAAAGUGAGCAAUAAUUUU